AUGCGGGCCUCAAUCGUGGCCAUGUCGGCCUUGGCAGCUGGCGUCUUCGCCCAGCCAACCUGUCCCGCGGCUACGACGGUCUUCGUCACGGUCGAUUCUGCCAAUGACGUUGCUCCCUCGGUCGUCGUUCAGACUGUCACCGCUACCGUUCUGCCCUCUGCCCAUUCCCCUUGGUCUCCUGCCUCUCCCAGCAUUCCGGCCACUUUCACCAUCAUCGUCGACCCUCCUACCGGUGGUUCCCAGUACACAGGUCCCAAGCCUUGGGAGUCAUCCCCUACCCAGCCCCCUGCUUUCACCGUCGUCACUGCUACCCUCUCCUCUCCUGAUCUCGGCACAUCCGUUGGCGUUUCUCCUGCCUCCACCACCUCUUGCCCCUUUGCUACCGUCAGCCCUGGUUCUGGUAGCGAUACUGCUGGCGUGACGGUCAUCACUACGACUCUCCACAGAACCAAUGCCUACCCAGGCCAGGUCACGCCCUCUGUUGACACCGUGGUGGCAACUUUCACGGUCACGUUCCCGCAGCCUACCGCCACUGGCUCUUUUCCAGGCUCUGCCUUGACGACAGGCGCUGCUGACCCUGGGUCUGGAGAGCUGUUCACCUACACCAUCACUGCACCUGCGGCGGCUGGCCCUUCCUCUGGUCCUGGUGAUGACCUAGCUGUUACCUCCUUCACCACCACGCUGUAUCGCACACGCCCCGGGUCUGUCUCAGGCACACCUGUUGUUGACGCACUUGUGACUUGCUUCACAGUCACCUUCCCUUCGCCUACCGGUACAGGACCCGCCAUCACUGGCAUUCCUGCAGUUUCAACUGAUGUCCCGGGCGGUUCUCCAGGCGGUGUUGUCCCUGGAGGAUCAGUGGGCACGACGACUCGCUACAUUCCCACCAUGGUCCCCGGACCCGACGGUUCGUUGAGUUACUCCAUUCAAACGGUUGUGUCAACUUUCACGUCACCCUCCGCCAACCUUCCUUCUACCGCUGGCACCGGUGUAACCACUACGAUCGUCCCCGCGUACCCUUCGGAUACUCCCUCGGGUGAAGCUGCAACCGUUGUCACCACAACUUUGUACGCUCCCCUUCCCAGCGUCAACAACCAGCCAGCUGACCCUUCGGACCCUUCUGUUGUCGUUUUCACUCUCACACUUCCCCAACCAUCGGCUGCUGGCCCAGUCAUCUACACUACCCAGCUUCCAAGCAACCCUGGAAACAUUGCCACUGGGGGCGCGAGCACUCCGGCUGCUUCCACCAUCACAGUCAUCCGUCCGGCACCGAGCCCUGGCUUCCCCACCCCUGUGCCUGGCAGCGACAUGGCGACUUCGAUUCCCGGCGGCUACGGUGACCCUGUUCUUCCUGGUGCAUCCGGCAUCCUCACCUCUGGUGCUCCCGUCUCUGGCAUCCCGGCUUCUGGAGGGUCGGUCCCUGGCAGUGUUUUCCCUUCUGGACAGAUUCCCGGUUCCCCCUCAGCCGGCUCUGGAAACUCUCAGGACACCCCGGGGGCACCCGUCACGGUCACUAUUUCUCCAGGUGGCGUUGGCGCCACGCCUUCCAGUAACUUCCCGGGUGGCUACGGCGACCCAGCCCAGACUGAGCUCCCUCCUUUCAUUCCUGGUUCAGCGGUAACUUUGACUGUUUCCCAAGCGACUCCUGUUGCCGGUGGACCAACGUCUGUUACUGUUGUACCAACAUCUCUCGUUGGAGUUCCGACAUCCGUUGUCGGCGUUCCCACAUCCCUACUCGGUGGCUACGAUUCUGUUGUCGUCGUUGACCCUGGCACUCUUGCCUCACUCCCCCAGGCCUCUCCUUCUGUUGUUACCCUUUGGCCGGUCGUCCCGGGCAUCGAUUCUGCUCUUCCCGGCGCUGCAACCACGACUUCAUGCUCCAGCACAUUGUCGUCUGAAAUUGUCUCUACAGCUCUUCUCACCAGCACCUUGGUCAAUGUUGUUUCCGAUGCCACAACCACUUACACGUUCCCUUAUGAAUCUCUGGUCACCACGGUCGACGCUGUUGCUCCAACUGGUGCUGCUUCCACCAUUGUUGGCUCUGCUUCAGUCACUGGCUCUGCCGUUGUCUCUACUGUCGUGUCUGCUGUUACCUCUGUUAUCGUUUCCCCUGUUACCUCUGCUGUUGUCUCACCUGUCAUCUCUCCUAUCACAUCUGCUGUCAUCUCUUCCGUCACCUCUGCUGUCGGCCUGUCCACUUGGCAGAGUGUCAUUGUCCAGAGCUCGGUUAUCCAAGUGUUCACCACAGGAGUCUUCACCAGCCUCGUACAGCCCACCGCCAUUCACAAGCGCUAUCUCAACACAACCGCAACGGCAGUAACACCGGUGCCGACGCCGAUCUGCACAGGCACCACAGAGGUUGGCAAUCUCAACCUGGAUUUUGACGAUGUGCCUUCCGGUCCCUUCUUCAACCCUUACCACCGCUUCUGGUUCUCCAAGGGGUUCCUGGUUGGCCCACCUCCGCUGAUGCCGUUUAUCCCAUCAUCUGGCGGCCACCUUCUCGAAUUCGUGCCUCCAGUCCUGUCAAACAGCUCCGCGAACGGCAUAUCUGGCGAUACGGCCCAGAUUGGCAUGGGAAAGCUUGCUUCGUCUCCUUGUUUCCAGUUUGACUUCCUCGGCAUGAACUUGGGCUGCUACUCCGACUCUGCUGUCCCCAACCAGCUUUGUGUCUUCACCUUUACCGGCUACAGAUGGGAUGCAAGCCAAGCCAAGGAGACCGAAGCCGCCAGCCAAGAAGCCUGGGUCAACGCCUGCAAUAAGUCUUCCGACUGCCCUCUCACUUCCUUCUCGGCUCUGGGCUUCACUGGUCUCAGCUCAAUCCUGGUCACUUUGAAUAUCAGUGGUCGCCCUCAGGUCUGGUGGGCCGAUGACCUCCGAGUUGGCUGGACCAAGAACGAUUGCGUGACUGCGAGCUGCAGAAGACAGACCCAGCCAGAGGCCUCCCAGCUCCACGGCGGUCCGACUUGGUUCUGGACUCCCAGCGGCCUGAGGAUCUUGUCAUCUUCCAGAAUCAACCCGCAUCUUUUGGGCUGA